AUUUUUAUGAGGGUGUGUUAGAAAUGAUAUGGAACUUAAUAUUAAUAAAUGCUUUUUAAUAACUUUUGCUAGAUCCCAUUCGCCUAUUCACCAUCAAUAUUUUAUUAAUAAUACUCCUGUCACACGUGUGAACGAAAUUCGGGAUUUAGGUAUAAUAUUUGAUUGUAAAUUAACAUUUUACUCUCACAUUGACCAUACUGUUUCGAAGGCAUUUAAGGUGUUGGGUUUUGUAUUACGUUCAUCAAAAGAUUUGUCAAUUCACACAAUAAAAAUCUUAUAUUGGUGGAAUAUGGUUCUAUUGUCCGGUCACCUAGUUAUGCAUAUCAAAUCCUAAAUAUUGAAAAGGUUCAAAACAAAUUUUUACGUUUUGCAGAUGGGUUUAACAGUCGGAAAUUAUACUUACGACAAUAUAUUAAUGAGACUAAAUUUACAAACUCUUAAACGCAGAAGAGUCAUGUUGGAUAUUUGUUAUCUUUGCAAAAUUAUCUCUGGUGUUAUUAACUCCGAAGAAUUGUUAAGUCUUGUAUGCUUUAAUAUACCUGCUAGAUUGACACGAAAUCCACAAAUAUUCAAGGAACAACGGCAUGCUACAAAUUAUGGUCAAUAUACACCAAUUAGUAGAUUGACCCUGUAUGGAAACAAGUUUAAUCAUCUAAUAGAUCUGUUUGGUUCUUCAGUUUCCUCUAUUAAACAAGAACUCGGGCGUCUUGAAUUUUGAAUUCAAAAAAUUAAUUAGAUUAACUGUUAUAAUGGAUUCAGUUGUUUUCAUCAUUUAACAAUAUUUUAUAUUCUUUUAUUUUUUAUGUUUGUGUUUUAUACUUAGUUGUAGUUUUACAUGUAUAUAAAUUUUAUAUUUUCAUUAUUAGGACGAAAGCUCUGCUUUGUUGUAUUUUGUAUGUAUUGGGUUUAUCCCGUUAAUAAAUAAAUUCCCAUCGUGCAAUGCUGUUGUCGCUAUUAUGUAGAUGCAGUGCAGUUCUGCUCGGAAUUGGUCUGACCGCAGACGAAACUGUCGCUGCAGUCUGCAGCCUCUUUCGGAAUCUUACCUUUACACUGUUAACAUGCAUUAUUUUAACAUCUGUCUCUGGGACUGUGUAUUUAUACAUUCCCGAGUAGUAUAUAUUUUACAAAUUUUUAAGAUUUAAUUACUUCAAGGGUCCUGUAAAUACCUUUUUAUUUGCAACAAAUACAGUUUUAUUUAAAAACUAUAUUUACAAACAUUUUUUUUGACAAAAAUUAUUCCAUAAAAACAAGGAACUAUUCUAAAAAGUGAGAAAAAGACCUAAAAUCUUACUGUAAACAAAAAACUUGCUUAAUUAUUUUUAAACUAAAGAUGAAUUUAUCCACUUAUAAUAAACCAUACUUAAACAAUUCUAAUAAUAAUUAAUUGGUAACUUUAAAAUUAUUAAAAAAUGUCAAUCUUUUUCUGAACAUCCACAUACCCUUUAUGUGCUUUAAGCAAUUACAUUUAUUUCACGAGUACAACUGUACUUUGUUUUUCGACAUCUCAUGAGAUUUUUCAAUAUUUUACACAUUCAACGUGAUAUGAAACAUUUCUCUGGGUCACAAGUUUGGCAUGUCAGAAAAUAAGUUCUCUUCCUUCUGACCACUCACUCUACCUCUGUCUCUUACUAUUUUUCCCGCUUUCCUCCCUGAUCUUCAUUAUAUUUCUCUUUCUCUUAUUGUACAUAGUCAGCCUCUCCUUUACCAUUAACUGGAUUGGUACAACUGCUAUUACUCGUACCGCCAUUGCUGUGGUUGUUCUAUAUGCGCUUACACCCUUGAUAGUGGUUUUCUUUGUGCACUCAUCAUCUCCAUGUAUUUUUGUCUUUAAUAUUUAUUUUUGUCUUUAAUAGUUCCUUCCAGACUGGUCUGCAUGGAGCUCUAUACUGUACUAUUUCUAAAUACAUCUUUCUUCUGUAUGAACUAGGCCCCUAUAUUUUGUAUUAUUUUUGUUAAAGCGGAAGUCAUCUUCUAAGCUCUCUUAGUUAUCGAGUUGAAUAUGUCAUCGAGUUGAACCACCAAAUACCUCGCUUCUUUUCUGAGUGUAAUUUUAACAUUGGCUGAGAGUGGGUGAAGAAACAUAUUUUAAUGUGAAUGGUUAUAGUUCAGUUUUUGUUUGUAGGGAUAAAGAAGGUGGUGGUGUAGGGUUAUUUGUUAAAAGCUGUUACGAGUACUCAGAAGUCUACAGAUAUAAUAAAAAGUGUUCAAUGUUAUUUUUACAGAUUGAUAGAAGUAUUAUAGUGGGUGGAGUAUAUCGACCUCAAGAUUUCUACUGCAAUGAACUUUUUGAUGCACUGAAUACAGCACUAAACAUAUUUGUGAAUAAAAAAAUUCCAGUUUGGAUACUAGGUGACUUUAACAUAUACCUUAUUCAAGAGAGUAUCCCACAAAAAUUAAUUUGUCAAACAAUUGUGUCCAACGGUUUUAGUAUAUUAAAUAAAACUAACCCUACCAGAAUUACCAAUCAUUCGGCUACCUGUAUUGAUUAUGUGAUGACAAACACCUUAAACUUUGAUGCAAUGUUAUAUAUAGUAGAUGAAGGUUUCGGUGAUCAUCAGCUGCAGCUAUUAAAGGUUACGAGCAGACGCAGUGCCAUCACAAUGUCUGAUAUAUACAUGGAUUUUUGGUUAUUAAGGAGAGCUUACAAACACCUCAUGAUUAUAAACACCUCAUGGGUUUGAUUUUCAGCUUGCCACCAAAGCUUUUCUGCCGAAGAUGCAAUUUUAAGUUUGGUCUUUUUUAUCGGAUCAACACUGAUGAAUAUACAAUUUAAGACAACAGGAUUCAAAAGCAGAAAUAGCCUCGUGUGUUUAGAAUAAACAAAGAGACACUGACGAAUAGUAUUCAAAAUCUUGAUCUAAUAUAUAAAUAUAAUAAUGUACUCCCUAAAG